AUGAGAUUUGCCUUCAAAAUCACCUCUAUGUUGGCCUUUCUUUUAUGCUUCUGCAUGGGAAAUGUGAAAGGAGAGUUGAUAGCAACUGCCAAUGCCCAUGAUGAUCUACUUGAAAUGCUCCAUACUGAAAAAGUUCUGAUUGAUGGCCUUAGGCAUUACAUCGAUACCCAACAAGAGAAAUUGAAUGUCUUAAAAAGCAAAACCAAAGACAUACAGAAACUUUACGAUGAAAUUGGCGAUAAUCGGGAGGGAUAUCUGAACAAUCCUAUCAACACGGUGACUUUGCUGAAAAGAAUCACUUCGGAUUGGAAGGGCAUGACCGAUUAUGCUGAAGAAUAUUUGGAUACAGAAGAAUUAACUAAAAACAUUACCAAAACCCAAGAGCUUGUCUUCCCCACCGAGGAUGAUUACGAAUCUUCGUUGGUUAGUUUGUUGCGUAUUCAGGAUAUGUUCAAGUUGGAGCCACAACGUCUAUCUGUGGGUGAAGUGAAUGGCAUUAAGCUUGGCUCUGAAAUGUCUUGGAGCGAUUGCUUGGAAAUUGGUUUGAAAUCAAUGAAAAAUGGCUACCAUGCGUAUGCUAAGUAUUGGAUGGAAACAGCCUUGGAAAAGAUACCAAAUGCUGGUGGCCACCAACAACAAAAACAGGUGAAAGCCAAAAAUGCCAGCCAACCGUUGGAGGAGCAAGACGAGGACAAUCAGAGUUCCAGUGCAGGCGCUGACAACAAGGAUGAAUACAAUAUCAAGGCUCGCAUGGAAGUUUUCCGAGCUCUAAUCAAUGUCGAGUACAAAGCGGAUGAAGAGAAGGGAUGA